CGCCGCCGGCCGCCGGCGCUCGGUCGGCCCCAGUCGAGCCGAGUCGCCGGCGCGGGUGGUGCGUGGUCGGCGUGACGACCGGAGCAGACGGGGCCGCGCUCGGCCUACAGGACUCGUGAGCGCGCCGGAGGACUCCCAGAGGCGGCGCGAGUCUGACAGUGGUGAAUCGCGGCCACGGGCUGACCCAGACUGCGCAGCGACGCUCGCCGACGCCCCGUGGAGUCGCCCUGGCAUCGCCGCUGACCGGGAGGCUCGUCCGACGCAGUUCUGUCCUGGAUACUUUUUCGGACACGACUGGCUACCACGCGAAUCGGCACCAUGGGCCGGAGAAAAAUACAAAUAUCGCGCAUCACCGAUGAAAGAAAUCGACAGGUGACAUUCACGAAGCGCAAGUUCGGCCUGAUGAAGAAAGCCUACGAGCUGAGUGUGCUGUGCGACUGCGAGAUAUCUCUCAUCAUGUUCAACUCGUCCAACAAGCUGUUCCAGUAUGCCAGUACAGACAUGGACAAGGUGCUGCUCAAGUACACCGAAUACAACGAGCCUCACGAGUCUCGCACCAACAAGGAUAUUCAGGAGGCGCUGAGCAAGAAGGAGCACAAGAACGACGGUCUGGCGGGCGCCGACAGUCCGGAGCCGGAGGACUUUCCGGCUCCGGUGCAGCAGGAGCCGCCAGCGGCCAAGUACAACCACUACCAGCGCCUGAUGCACCCCGGCCUCAACAGGACGGAGGACAGCCCUGCAGGAGGCUAUCCGUCCGCGGAGGACGGCGGACAGUACCAGUCCCCGGAGAACGGGCACGGCUCUCUGCUGCAGGCGGCCUCUCCUCCACUGCAGCAGCACUCGCUCAGUCCCCGUCAGAUGCAGCACCACGCGGUCAGCCCUCGGCCCGGGUCAUCACAGGGUCUGCUCAGCUCUCCAGUACCGUACCCGUCCACCUCCACUCCGCCGGAGCCUCCAGUGAGCUCCAACGGCUCGCAGCUGAAGGCCGCCCUCGCCGGAGCCAGGCAGACCUCACCCGUGGACGUCGCAGUGUCUCGCGGUGGUGGAGGUGGCGGCGGACCGCUCUCUGCCGAGUACGGCGGGUACCCUCCGGUGUGCGGCGCCUCCUCCGGCGGCGGGCAGGAGUUCGGCGGCCAGGAGCUGCAGCCGGGCGGCCUGUCCGUGCCGGCCGGCUGGCGCACCGGGCCGCCGGGCCUGCAGCAGGUCCACCCGUCCCAUCAGAACCACCACAGCCAGCAGAGCCAUCAGAACCAGCAGCAGCACAUGCACCACCACAGCGUGCUCUCGAUGGGCGGCGGGCCGUGCCUGUCACCAUCGCCGGGCGCCGGGGACCACUCGCCGCUGUCGGCGGUGAAGACGGAGCGCUGCUCGCCGCCGUACAGGGAGCGGCUGGACGUGCACGCGGGCCACCCGGGCCUGCGGCUGGCACCGGACGGCCAUGGGCUGCAGGCACCGCCCGGCGCCGGCCUCGGACACGGACCACCGCAGCUGGGCCGCCGUCCGGUGCCAGGCAGCUUUUGUCUGGACUCCACCGACCCCUCUCUGCAGCACGAGUCGGGCCCGCUGCACAAGCGGCCGCGUGUCUCCGAGACAUGGGUGACCUAACUGGCGAGAUGCAUCCGGUAGGGGAGUGCGAGGGAUUUCGGCUGGGCUCGGGAGAGUGACCCGGACCCGGCCCGGCUCAGAGAGACAGAGAUGACCUGGGGUCGCGCCUCGGUCUGAUACGGGUCGGCCAGCGACUCUGAGCGGCGCCUUAGCUGUGCGGGUGGGGAGGGUGCACCCGACUGAUGUGUCUGCCGGCUGUCCCGGCGUCUCCGGGCCGGCCUGCCGCGGGCUGUUCAGGUGCGCUGACCGUGCCGCCGAGGGACCUCACGCCGUCCGUUCCCCCGUUACGAUGGCUUCACUGUACAAACUGCUACCUGCUGGAGUGCGGCGACCGAGCCGCGGCGCGCGGCUGGCCGGCCUGUCCCACGCCGACACCUCUGCAGCCGAGGGAGGGGGCGCUGCGGCCGGGGAUUGUGAUGGACUGUGUUCACGUGUUUAGUGUGCUCCCGGUGUUGGGUGGCCUGCGUUGGUGGAGUGUCGCGGUGUGGGUUCACGUCCACUGUUCGAGUGAGCCCAUUUAGUGGUGAUUCAGAGCGCGUGUGUUGGGAGCUGCUGACGCGACAGCGCUCAGAGCCACGCUACGCGCGUAUCCAUGGAAACCUGCAUGUCUUGUAGAAACCGAAGGACGCUAUCCUCCUCGUGUGCUUUUCUGUGUUAAUGUGCUUCUCAUAAGUGUUUCCACCCGAAUUCUGUAUGUAGCUGUCUUAUCCCUAUGUUGUUGGCGAACACUUACGCACAAUAGUUUUAUGAAUUGACAGGAUAGGUCCGCUGAUUUAAGGUUAUGUUGAUUGAUAUAAUUGCGCACUUCUUUUGUAGUACGCGGGAUGCAUUCUUCUUUCCUGUUAUCUUCUAUUUGUGGAGGUUUCCUCCAAGCGAAGUGUGGAUGUACUCUUUCAUUGAAUCAUGCAUGUACAAUGUACAUCGCAUGUAAAUCUUAAACGCUAAUGUCAACGUAAAAGCCUACAUGCCAACACUAUUAAAGGAAGAUGAAGGUACGGGGCUGUGAACCAUACUGGUGUGGUCAGUACUGGAAGAUGGAGGAUGAAUAGCUCGCGCGCACCAAGGUUUUGGAUCUUUGUUUUGACUGGUGGUUUUAUUCUGAAGUGGUUUACAGAGAAAAUUUUAAAGGUAGUGUGCCACCUUUGAAAGAUUUCCCAUUUUAUUUUUCCUAGGAUAAGAAGCUUCUGUUUUUACCUAAUAUCGCAAAAAAAAAAAUCAAAAAUGGGCCUGGAAUAGUGCCUUUUUCGCCUAAAAGUUUUUCGGUUUUUAGAUAUGUAUAACAACUGUAGUGGGCUCACCUGCAAACAGGCGUCGGGCAACAAUCGCGAAUGCGGUGCACUUGUGACAAUAAGCAAAGGUCAUUAUAGUGUUACGACCAUACGACGUACGGGAAUGAGUUACCAGCUGUCUAAUCGUAGACAACACAAUGUCGAGCCUUAAACUGUAAGCCCGUAUUGGUAUUGUUUCUUUUAUUUGGCUGUCGAACAUUAUUUAUGGUUUGAAAUAUGAUUUUAUGUAAAAUAAUUGAUAUGAAAAAGCCGUCUUAUAAGUUAUGACCCCAUUUCACCACACGCAAGUGGCAGAAAUGACAAUGAUCAGCUGACGCAUUUUCUUGGCCGAAGUCAGAGCGCGCGGCCCGACGCACCACGCGUAUUUGGAAAUUCCGACCUCGACGAGCAUCAGAAGCCACCUAACAGGCGUGUUCGAAACCGCAGGAGAUGAUGAUGAACGGGUUUAUCGAAACUUGAUUGGAUGAGCAUAUCGGUAAUAGCGAUUUCAGUGUGUGCAUUUGUUGUUCAUAGUGGUGUGAAAUGUGGUUGGGGUACGACCGACAACCCGUCGGGGCGAAUUUCGCACUGGGGUACUCAAAAUUUGAAGAAUUUAAGACGUUUCCAUGAGUUUUGAAGGUAUGGAUAAGUUCUAAAAAUCCGGUUCUCCUUAUCUGGGCCAUUAACUCCAUACGGUCCAAGAAAGCUGGCACACUACCUUUAAACUUUAUUUUGAACUAAUACGAAAAAAAAUAUUCGUUAGAAAUAUGGAUUGGUAGGUAGUCAACAAUUAUUUGUCACCUUGGCUGAUACAUCGUCCACUUAGCUCUGGUAAUUUUAUGUACUUACGUGCUACACAGCAAGCUUUUUCUUUAUUCGUACUUCUUGGGCUUUAGGGUUGAAAUUUGCAUCAAUGAUUGCGCUGGACAGCUUUGACGGGCUCUAAACGGUCCCAGUGGCUGUGAAAAUGUUGAAGGUUACGUGGGAAAAUGUUACGGUUAGCAAAGUUCAAUAUAGAAAACGGGUCAACGCUCCAAGCACUUCAUCAAGUCGUUAAUUGCCGUUUCUUUCAGACGUCAACUGAUCGAUUUACCCUACAUCAAUUACAGAAUCACAAACAAUAAACAACACGCGCUUCAAUUUUCAAACAGGAUUGAAACAUUCUGGUUAAAUCAAGGACAUUGCUUGCAUUUGCUAUAUUACCAUGUCACAAGAUUGCUCACGUUUGCAACCGCUCACUUCUGCUCACACAAUACCGCAGUGUCACCCGAGAUGGUUGUUAUUGAAACGGGUGAAGACUUCCAUGUUACAAAUGGCUGAUGUACAGCAAGGCCCUCAACUAAAGUAGAUAUAUAUUAUAUAGUUAGAGCGCAUUGCCCAUCGACAUGGAAGUUGCAGUUACUACGAAGUCAUUUGUUGACGAAUGAACCUUGGGUAAAAUCAUGCGAAGGCCCGUGCCGACAGUGUUGCGGGACAACUUUUUCUCGGGACGAUGAAAAUGUCAACAUUUAUCUCAGAAAGUGUGGAAUGGUUUCACAUUAUGAAAAACCUGAUGUCCGGAGCCCCGGUCCGUUCUAUUUAUGUUUCUCGGCCCAGUGAUUCGACGUGAACGUCUGUAAUAUGCGAUGCUUAAAAAUGCCAUCACGAUUCGUAUAUUUUUGCUUUUGAUCCUCGAGUGGCAUUCGCACUUUAUUCAGUUGCUGGUAACCACCGCAACGUAAAAUGAAUACGUAUACGUAAAAGGAGUCGAGUUAUUUGAUGGGGAGGGAGUACCUAUCGGUUCAAUUUUUCAGAUUGUAUUUAUGUUGACGUUUGUAUUACCGAUGCGUUCACCUUCCAUGGGAUGGAAGUUUUCACCCCGACGGGACAACUCCUAUUCAGAAGCCACGUAGCAACUGCUCGUGCUAGUUCGGGAGCUCUGCUUGAUAGUUUCGCUUCAUUCUGUGGCUUCUUUUCAAGUGCUUGAUUUCUCGAACGGAUGUGACUUUAUCUGUAGCCUGGAUUCCCGUGCAUUUAUUUGUUACUGUGCUGUUGCUUUGUUUUUGCAGAAAUACAAUGUGAAUGGUGGAA